UCACUAGAAGCAGAAGCACAUUGCAGUUGGCCAGUGAGGAAAGAUUUUUAGUUUCUCUUUGGCUGGGAUCUGACAGAUCCACAGAGAAGCGUACAAACUUUAAUAUUGGAUAUUUUAUUUUCUGUCUUGCUGACUACCUUUUUGAAUCUGUCAUUGUGAGAAAAUAGAGCUGUCACAAUGUCCAGAGUUGCCAAUCUGUCGAAGCUGCGGCAAGAACGGAUGAGGGAGAUCAACCUGCGGAACAAAGAGAGAGAGCGUAUGAGGGAGCGAGAGAAAGCGACAAGGGAGAGGGAGGCACGCUAUAGCAAUGGUCACCUCUUCACCUCAUUGACAGUGUCAGGAACCACACUCUGUUCAGCAUGCAACAAGAGUAUAACUGCCAAGGAGGCACUCAGCUGCCCUACAUGCAAUGUCACUAUCCACAACCGCUGUCGAGACACUUUGCCAAACUGUGCCAAAAUGAAACAGAGGAAAUUCAUCUCAUUGGAAUUUAAGUCCAUGGUUACUGAUCCAGGUGGAAGAUAUCUCUUGAUGCAGCAGAAGACGGCCCUAAUACGGAAUAACUCAACUUUGCAGAAUGUCACGCUGCGCACAAAAACUCCAGGAAUGCGUGAGCGCCCGAGUUCAGCCAUCUACCCUUCCGACAGCUUCCGACAGUCUCUGCUAGGAUCCCGCCGUGGUCGCUCCAGCCUAUCCUUGUCCAAGAGUGUCUCCACCAACAACAUUGCAGGGACCCUGAAUGACGAGUCUCCCCUGGGGCUGCGUAGGAUCCUGUCCCAGUCCACAGACUCUCUCAGCUUCAGGACCAGAGCUAUGUCAGUGGAGUCUCUCAAUGAUGACGGAGACCCCUACUACACUUCAGUACUGGAGGAGAUGGAGUUUGAGGGCCAGGAUUUUAAGGCUGACUCAUGGAGCAUGGCAGUGGACAGCAGUUACUUGCAGACACACCGCAAAAAUGUCAUCAAGAGGCAGGAUGUCAUCUAUGAGCUGAUUCAGACAGAGCUGCACCACAUGCGAACACUGCAUAUCAUGGAAAGGGUGUUCCGGCAAGGCAUGUUGGAGGAACUUGAGCUUGAUCCCAGCACUGUGCAUGCCAUGUUCCCCUGCCUGGACCAGCUGACCAGGAUGCAUUCCCAUUUCCUGGCACAACUUCUCCUGCGGCGCAGCAGCAGCAUGCAGACUGGAUCCAGCCGCAACUUCACCAUUCACCAGCUGGGAGACAUACUACUAGAGCAGUUCUCAGGCCAGUGUGCAGAUGACAUGCGGAAGACCUACGCUGAGUUCUGUAGCCGCCACUUGAAGGCUGUCAAAUUGUAUAAGGAACUACUGGCCAGAGAUAAGAGGUUCCAGUGCUUCAUACGGAGGGUGAGUCGAGGACCUUUGCUACGCUGCCAUGGUGUUCAGGAGUGCAUCUUGUUGGUGACUCAGCGGAUCUCCAAGUAUCCUGUACUUAUCCAGCGCAUUCUGGACAACACCAGCGAUGAUGAAGAAGAAGCUUCCUCUCUGGCCCAGGCUCUCUUGAUGAUCAGAGAACUUCUUAGUUCAAUAGACCAACAGAUGGAGGACAUGGAGAAAACACAGCGGCUGCAAGAGAUCCAGUCCAAGCUGGACCCACGUGCUGAGGCCAGAGUAAGGGAUGGUGGACUUUUCAAGCCUGGAGAGUUGCUCCGCCGGAGACUUAUCCAUGAAGGGACCCUUUUCUGGAAAACUCCAGGAUCCCGGCUCAAAGAUUCACCAGAAAACUACUCCAAAAGAAUGAUAUUGUUGCUCCGUAACAGCAGAAUGUAUACACAGGUCUUACUGAUGACAGACAUCCUGGUGUUUCUGCAGGAGAAAGACCAAAGGUACAUCUUUCCAUGUCUGGACAAAUCUCCAGUGCUGUCCCUUCAGAACCUGAUAGUGAGGGAUAUAGCCAAUCAGGAGCGAGGUAUGUUCCUCAUCAGCGACUCCUCCCCUCCUGAGAUGUAUGAGUUCCAUGCUGCCUCCAAGGAGGACAAGAACGUCUGGAUACGCCACAUCCAGCGCACUGUCAGCAAGUGCCCAUCCAGAGAGGAGUUCCCCCUCAUAGAGACUGAACACAAGGCCCAUCUCAGGAGACUCAAAGCUGACCUCCAGCAGAAGGAUCGGGAAAUGCUGGAGCUCCUGCAAGAGAGGGUGACCCUUUUCUGUGAGCUGGCAGAGGUGACAAGUGGUCAGCAUGGCCUACAGCCUCCCAUCAUUCGUUACUUGUUCAGGGCAGACACACCCCAAGCACCCCGUGCAGAGAAACUCCUACUGGAUGCCACAGCUGAGGUGGACAGACUGAGUGAGCUCAUUCUGGGCUCCAGCAUAGACAUCCCUCUUCCAUGCCAUCACAGCCACAUGGAGGUGGUAGAAAAACUAGUACUGAGUGACUGCUGUGUUAACCUCUGCUCAGGUGAUCAGGAUCUGUUGGUCAAUGGAGCCCAUGAUUUCUCUGCAGCAAAGGAUUGCUUGAGGAGUCAAGACAAGCCACCACCCACGGAGCUCUAUCAGAGGCUGGUGAAUCUCAGUGUUUAUCUCCAUGCACUCCAGGGUGCUGUCAUCAAACAAGACUCCAUCUUGGAGCUGCUACUGCAGCCACAGGACACUGUGGCACCAGCUGUAGGAGGAGUGUGGCGCCCCCUCUGGCGAGAUGGUGGAAAUCGGGAGGCCAGUGCAGGGUCUACCAUUGGGGAGCUGGCUCUGUUGCAGAGACAACACAGCCUGCUGCAGGAGGAGCUGCUGAGGCUGCGGGAUGCCGAGAGCCGGUUCAAGGACAGUGAGAGGGCCCGGGCUAAGCUGGAGAGGCAGGUCCGACACAUGAAGGUCUGCAGCGGGGCUGCACCUGCCUCCCAGCAGCUGGGGCAGCAGGCUUUUCAACCUGCAUCUUUGCAGCCAGGAAGGGAGGUCUCAUCUGGAUCUGACACCCUGCGGGCCAGCCAGGAACCUGCCCACCAAUCAGAUGGCCUCCAGGAAGGCAGUGAUUUGGAGGGAGACAUGACGUCAGAUGAUGAUGAUGGGACGGCAUCUGAAAGCUCCAAAGAUCUUCAAGAUAUUCCAGAGGAGAUCUGAUCAUCAGCAUGUUUCACAGUGUUAACAAGCUUAUAGCUAUAAUUAUGAUUAUGAUGUAACUUGACUCCAACAAUGCAUGCCCAUGUCUAUCUCUUCUGCAAGUAUUAAUGUCUAUUUAGCUGCUUUUGCUUUUAGGUAGAUGGCUUGUGACAGUGAGUUGUUUUAUUUUCAGCUAUGCUUUGGAUUGUUUGCAUUUAUGAUUUAAUUGGAUCACUUGAUCAGAGGGGUGUGGAAAACUGAUGGAUAUUGCUGACAUGUAACUCUUUUAAAUCUUAAGACUUGACAAAAUGAACAUUAGGACUGAUGGUUAGGGCGGAUACUGUUUUCAACAUUUGUAAUCUUCAGUUAUUUUUAUGCUAUGCAAAAAUAACUGGAAUCAAAUUCAUGUCAAGUAGUGCUCGUUAUUUUUCCCCCCAAAAUAUCAGGGCAUUUAUUAAUAUUUAGUGUAUAUAUUGAAAAAUAAUAAUACAAAAAGCUGAGUAAAAAUUGGAUUUCAAAAUACAAUUUGCACCUUUGUAGUUAUAUAUUGGUGUCUUUUAAUCACUUUUCACAGACUCGUAUCCUUCACUGUAAGCGGUCUUGGAUAGUGUCGUCUUGUAGUAUGUAACACAACAACAUUGAUGUGGCAGUUUAAAUCGCGAUUAUCCUUUUGAAAAUUCAUAAAAACUAAAGGGGAUGUUCCUUAAAAACAAGUCACAUCAAGAGAAAAAAAAAGUUUCUUUUCAUUGCCAGAAAGAUCACCAAGACAGAAACCUACACUGAAAUACCAGGAAAAAAAGCAA